GAGCGUUAAAUUAAACACAAACAAUGGAUUUUACAUUAGAUUUAUUCAUUUACAACUCACUUUCACAUUCUCACUCCACACACACUUUUUCAUGUUUCUGUUUCUCUCUCAAAGAACAUGAUCAUGAUCAUCAUGUGCUGAAGUUGUUACUCUGUUUUAUUUUUUUUUUAUAAUCUUAAUUGUUGUUUUUUUGGUAUUUGUAAUGAAGGGUGAAGAAGGGGUGAAGACAACAACAACAACAACCUUGGAAGCUCCGAAGGAUGUUGCAGCUGUUGAUUAUGUUGCUGCUGAUGCUGUUGAAGAAAUUGAAGAGCAUGGAAAUGACUCUUUAGCUGAAAAGGAAAAUUCUCAGGUGGAAAAAGAGGUAUCAUAUUAUGAAGAUGAAGAAAAAGAAGAAGAAGAUGAAGAUGAAUCAGAUGAAGAAAAUGGAGAUGCUGCUGAUCUUGAAGGUCUAUCUCUUGAUGAUGGCUUCUUUGAAGUUGAAGCUAUUCAGCGCAAGAGAUACCGCAAGGGAAAGUUGGAGUACUUUGUGAAAUGGUCGGGAUGGGAUGAGUCAGCAAAUACUUGGGAGCCUCGAGAUAAUUUGGUUGCUCUUCCUGAGAUUGUUCGAGCUUUUGAGGAACGCUUGCAAUCGACACCGCAUCAGAAGCGCAAGCGAACGCAAUCUAGUAAUAGCGCUCCACUCAAGAAAAGGGUGGAGCGUUCCGCCACUCCUUAUAGCCUUAGAGGCAUAAAAACUGGUACAACUAGCACCAACCAUUCAAAGGCGGCUGACAGUAAUUCACAACCCGCCGCCCCUCUCAAUGAGCAACCCAGUAUUCUCGACACUCCUGCAUUUCCUCAGACCGUGCUGUUUGCUGACGAAGUAGAAAAUUACGGUGAAGGAAGCGGUCUUGAAAAAGUCAAUCAGGCUAAUGAUGAUAUGUCUGUGGAUCCUCCAGAAGAUGUUCCUCGAAAGAAUGAGGAAAACGAGUCUGAUCCUAAGCUUACUCCAAACAUCGAAGAAAACAAGUCGGAUCCUAAGCUUACUCCAAACAUUGAAGAAAACAAGUCUGAUCCUGAGCUUACUCCAAACAUCGAGGAAAACAAGUCUGGUCCUAAGCUUACUCGAAAAAUUGAAGAAAAGAAGUCUGGUCCUAAGCUUACUCGAAAAAUUGAAGAAAAGAAAUCUGGUCCUAAGCUUACUCGAAAAAAUAAGGCAAGCAAAUCUGAUCCUAAGCCUACCCCAAACAAUGAAGAAAACAAGUCGGGUCCUAGGCUUACUCGAAAAAAUAAGACAAAGAAAUCUGAUCCUAAGCCUACUCCAAACACUGAAGAAAACAAGUCAGGUCCUAGGCUUACUCGAAAAAAUAAGGCAAAUAAAUCGGAUCCUAAGCUUACUCCAAACAUUGAAGAAAACAAGUCGGGUCCUAGGCUUACUCGAAAAAACAAGGCAAAUAAGUCUGAUUCUAAGCUUACUCCAAAAAUUGAAGAAAACAAGUCGGGUCUUAGGCUUACUCGAAAAAAUAAGGCAAAUAAGUCCGAUUCUAAGCUUACUCCAAAAAUUGAAGAAAAAAAGUUGGGUCCUAGGCUUACUCGAAAAAAUAAGGCAAACAAGUCGGGUCCUAAGCUUACUCCAAACAUUGAAAAAAAAGUGUCUGAUCCUAAGCAUACUCCAAACAUUGAAGAAAAAGAGUGGGAUCCUAAGGUUACUCGAAAGGAAAACAAGUCUGAUUCAAAGCUUACUCCAAAUGUCGAAGAAAACAAUUCUGAUCCUAAGCUUACUCCAAACAUUGAAGAAAACGAGUCUGAUCCUAAGCUUAUUCCAAACAAGGAGGAAAACAAGGUUGAUCCUAAGCUUACUUCAAAGAUUGAAGAAAACAAGUAUGAUCCUAAGAUAACUCCAAACAAGGAGGGAAACAAGUCUGAUCCUAAGCUUAGCGAACAUAAAGCUACAGCAACCAAUGAAAAUGACGCUAACAACCUCGCUAUACAGUUUGAAGAAGCUGUGACUCCUCCUAUAAAACCUCACAUGACUGAGCAGCCAACUGCGGUUUUCACAGAAGGGAUUACCAAACAAAGUGCAGGUAGCGCAGAACCGGUUCAAACUGGCUCCGGACGGUUAGGAACCAGACGGAGAAAAACUACUGCGAAGAGGUUCACCGGAUCUUCAAUUGCUCGUAAGCCCGAUGGUACAGCUGAACCAGCACAAACAGGAGCUACUGAUAUUGCGGCUCCUAGUAGUCACACAGCGACAGAACCUGUGAAACCAGGGCCUGACAUUGUUGAGAUUGUGAAGCCGGUAGGCUAUUCUGCUGCAGAAGCCAGCACCAAGCAGGAAGCUUCGGUGACCUUCAAGGUUAAAAGAGAAAAAUAGCGUUUUACACUUCUCGAAAGCUGAUCAAUUACUAUGAGCAGCAUCUGCAGUACAGUUCGAAACCAUCGUGAUCGAAGAGAUUAAUUGAAGGAAGCUUUGAUUUGUUGUUAAUUAUGUUGUGGAUGCUGGACAUAGUAAGGGGAAGAAAAGCUUUGUUUGUUAGUGAUGUUUUUAAGUUUGAUGACUAUUGAUGACUAUUUGAACUGUGUAAUAAUUUGUGGCUAUUUACUUUGAUGUUUGCUGAUGAGGACCUCCACAUUUGAAGUUGGAGGUGGUUUUUAUUGUUUUGGUCAAGAACAUAACAAAACUUUGUUUUGGUUUAAUUUCAAAAUUUCUGGAACUUUUUUA